AUGCCUCGUCAACGUAUUCACGUCGACUGGAAAACUGUUGAAGGGGCAUUUAGUAAACCUCGAAGACUUCACUUAGAAAAUGAUAAAGAAGGUCUUUUCCACUGCCCUGCACUUGGCUGCGAACAUGAUGGUUUCGCGAGUCAACGAGGCUGUCGAAAGCACGUCAAAACAAAACAUUCGUGGUAUAUAUAUUUUGACACGAAGCCCAUAAUUUCUGCCGAGAGCGAACGAAAACUUGAUGUGAAUCAGUCCUGUUCGUCGGAAAGCAAACCAACGCUGCCGUGUUGUGCUACAAUUUCACAAUUGGCACGAUUAUUUUCUUCAUGGCUACAAAGCACGACAGGUGGCGGAAGGCAAGGGAAACAUGCUGAAAUCUCGGUAACUCGAGCAUUUAAAUUCUUGAAGUAUUGUUGUGAACAAUCGGGCGAGGAUGAACAAAACCUGUCGUCGAAUGUCCAACUUGUUGAUUACUUUUUGUGUUCUUCCAAAUUUCUAACAGAUUUUCUUGAUCACUUCGAAAGCACCUGGCAAAUGGGUCAAUCUGGUCUACUCGGCUACGUAAACAGUAUCGCUGACCUCUUAGAUUUCCGUCGAUUCCAUGCACCUUCAGGGCCCGUACUUCAAAAUUUUUCCAUUACCGAAGUAUACAUAAAACGUGCAAGGCAAUGCUUAGCAAAGCAGAUGCGUUCUCAUUGGACGACAGACUUAGAUAUUGCAAGCCUCGAAUCACGAAAAGAAGUUGGGCUACGCUUGCUGAACUUCAGACAGUAA